AUGAAUGGCUGCACCAUUGAAGUUCCCAUUAACAGAAGAUUGGAAGGCAAAGUUGCCAUUAUCACCGGUGGAGCAAGCGGCUUCGGCGAAAGUACUGUAAGACUCUUCGCCCGACAUGGAGCAAUAGUUGUUAUUGCAGAUGUCCAGGAUGAACGAGGGAAGUCUAUUUGUCAAGAACUUGGCUCUUUUGAAAAUGUUUCCUAUGUUCGUUGCGAUGUCACUAGUGAUAUUGACGUAAAAAACUUGAUUGAUUUCACAAUAUCCAAGUAUAAAACCCUAGAUAUCAUGUUCAACAAUGCUGGAAUCCCUGGUAAUUUAGAUUUCACAAUUGUCGACGCAGAUAAUGAAAAUUUCAAAAGGGUUUUUGAUGUAAACGUGUAUGGUGCAUUCUUGGGAGCGAAACAUGCAGCCAGGGUUAUGAUUCCGGCUAAAAAAGGGGUUAUUCUCUUUACUUCAAGUGUUGCUUCAGUUGUUUCCGGCGAGUCGCCUCAUUCGUAUACGGUGUCUAAGCACGCAGUUGUGGGGCUAACGAAGAAUCUGUGUGUAGAAUUAGGACGACAUGGGAUAAGAGUGAACUGCAUAUCUCCUACUGCGGUGGCGACGCCAUUGCUGACAAAGGCAGUAGGUGUGGAUAAGACGGUGAUGGAAAAGAUACUAGGUGAAUCUUCUAAUCUGAAAGGGGUGGUGCCGAAGUCGGAGGACGUGGCAGAGGCGGCGCUGUAUCUUUGUAGCGAGGAAUCGAAGUUUGUUAGUGGCAUAAAUCUUGUGGUGGAUGGAGGUUACAGCACAACUAAUCAGACUUAUACUAGGGCAAUCAAGAGUUUCUUAUCUUGA